AUGGAGCUAUUUGCAACAGUUGAUCAGGGGGGUUGCAUUUUGGACAUGUCCCAUCUGAAUCUGGAGAGUUUAAAUUUGGACACUGUCGGUGACGAACGGAGGAGUGACCCAACAACUCUACCUGUAUAACAACCGACUGACAGUGUUUCCCACUUCAGUAUGUCUAUUCUCCAAACUGGAAGUUCUGGAUAUAAGCAACAAUGGAUUAACGGUUCUCUGUGAGGACAUUCAACGUUUGUCAAACCUCAAAACACUCAUAGCCAAGAACAAACGUUUGAACGAAUUUUCGUUCCCAAAUGAAUUUGGGUCCAUGCAGAUAGACACAUUGAACUUCAGUGGGAACAUAUUUGAAGAGGUGCCCAUUCAGUUUCUAAAACUGCAGCGAUUAAAAUAUCUGUCUCUUGGGGGUAACAGACUCAAAGCUAUCCCCAUAGAGAUAGAAAAUGUUACCAGGUAAAAUAGACUACGGAUACAUCAUAGCGGUAACAGAGUUUUAACAAUGUAGACUAACGGUAUUUGUUACAAUGCAACUAACUACCCACACGGCAGUAAACCAUGUAAUUACCAUGUAAUCAUAAGUUUUAUAGCCACUUAAUAUAAAGGCGGACAUUUAACAAACAACUAUCUGUAUACAGCUAUGCAUGACGAAGUGAGGUUGUUGAAACUUAUGAUGAGCUUUAAGCUUGUGAGCUUCUAAGCUCUUAGCUUCUAAUAACCCAUCUUUGGGACACUCAAAUGUGAAUAAAGAAAUUGCAAUAUUGUAGCGUGGUUCGUUCUGCGUUGUGUACUUUUAAUUAGGACACUGCCACAACUGGAAUUCUGAUGGUUGGAUCAUUUUUAUUCGACCUGCACACGAAGAGACAACACACAAUAUGUUAGCCCUUGGUGCAGCCACAGCUCUCGGGCACCUUGCUAGUUGAAGGUCAGGCAAAAGAGAACAAUAAUAGGGUACUAAGUACAGAUAACCCGCGAUGGACCAAACCAAAAUAUACAAAACUUUUACAAUUAGGUGUAUUUACAAUAUAGAUAUAUAAAAAUGUUUGUACACCAAAAAAUAACAUUAGCUAUGCAGCUGUAAUUAAAUAAAGAAAACACAUUUCAUUAUUAUUAACUUAUUAACAUCCCCUCUUGACCUGGCCUACUUGAACUGUCCUUGUGUGCAAUUUGGUGCAUCAUCUAUAAUAAUAAUAAUAUGCCAUUUAGCAGACGCUUUUAUCCAAAGCGACUUACAGUCGUGCGUGCAUACAUUUUUGUGUAUGGGUGGUCCCGGGGAUCGAACCCACUACCUUGGCGUUACAAGCGCCGUGCUCUACCAGCUGAGCUACAGAGGACCACCCAUACACAAGGGAAAUCUAGGGGAACAACAUCACACUACUACCCAAUAUCAAGGUUAUGUUUCCCUUAUCAAAUAUAAUUUACAUUUUAGGCAUUUAGCAAACACUUAUCCAGAACGAGUCAUAGGAGCAAUUAGGGUUUAGUGCCUUGCUCAAUGGCUCAUCGGCAGAUUAUUCAACUAGUCAGCUCAGGGAUUCGAACCAGCGACCUGUCAGUUAGUGGCCCAACACUCUUUAACUGCUAGGCUACUUGCUGCCCUACCUGAUAAUAGCAUGCUCAUAAUAACCAUUAUGCAGUAGUAGGCUAGGAUAUUUAGCUCUGUUGCUGUCUUAAUGAAAUGACUGGGGCUCCAGAACUGCAGCCGUAAUUUCAUGGUGUGCAUGCAGGAACUAGAUAGUGAGGGUUAAGAUAACGGGCAAGUAAGUUAGUAUAAAAUAUUGUUGCUGUAUUCACCCAGAUAGGUUUCACAUGAGCAUGUGGUUCCUGAUUAUGUCCUGCAUGAUGGUACAGGAGCCCAUAGUCUCCUCCAUCUUGUUGCUGCAUUGACACAUCUUUGGAGUCGGCUCAUCAGUGUGGCUUAGCCUGUCUGGCUGGCUGUGUGCCAUGUUACAAAACCAGGUCAUUUGACAUAUUGCCUUGCCACAGUGGGGAACUGGCACCGUGAGAGGAAAAUGGGGGUUUAGGAUUUGUAACAGAGUGAAUAAUGUAUAGAAUAAAGACAGGAUGAAAAGGUCCAUUGGACACCACCCAAAAGCCUAUAGCAGUUUCAGACUGUAUUGUAGCUAAGUUAGCAGCUGUGCUUUGCAUCAUAAGGCCUCCCCUCUUGACCUUUAUCAUAGGAUCUCUCUCUCUCUCUCUCUCUCUCGCUCUCUCUAAAAAGAGAAUACGUUUUACAAUCAGAGUUCUUUUACAAUCAUCUGUUCUCUUCUUCUGUCUCUUCCGUUGACAUACAAUUGUCAAACACUGGAGUUAAAUUCUUAGCUAAGUCUCCCUCUAUCUCCUCUCUCUUUCUUCUAUUGUCAGCUUUAUCAGAGAAAGUUGGCAGGUGUUCUGGAGGUGUUCAAGAGUGUAGAAUGUGCAUGUGUGUAAACUUAUCACAGCGGUUCUCCAAAAACAAACAGAUCACUCAGUCCAAUACAGCUGGUUCUCAGGGAUCUUUGAACCCACAUUCUUCUUCUGGAUUUAGACUCAAACUGUUUGGCCAUUAUUGAUCUUUGAACAUUGUGCAUUAUAUACAAUCCACAUAAUAAUCACAUUUCCUGUUGCUGCAGGAUUAUUUUUAUGCUGUAGAAAACUGGUUCAAAUAAAGAUCCUACAUCUGUAUGUUAAUUUAGCAAUGUUCCCUGUCAUUCCAAGUAUGAAGAAAAACAAUUUUCUCUGAUCUGAUGCAGUCUGAAGAUGUUUUAUUUGGGUGGGAACCUCAUCACCUCCAUCCCCCCAGAGCUGGCCAACCUUCACGGUCUCAGAUACUUGGUCCUUUGUGACAACCGGAUACAGAGUGUACUGCCCCAACUCACCAGGUGAGGGCCAUCCAACACUGACUUUACAUAAUGUGAAAGUUAGUAGCUCGCUCAUGUGACUGACUGUUUUAAAAGAAAACUUGGGUCUCCUGUGUGUCAUAAGACUGUGUUAGCCUCCUGAGCUAAAGCCAUGAUUCACAGCCAUGUCUGAAUAUGUCUGUUUGUAGACUCUACUCUCUGCGCUGCCUCAGUCUCCAUAACAACCUGCUCACCUACCUACCAAGGGAGAUCCUCAGCCUGGUUCACCUGCAGGAGCUCAGUCUCCGCGGCAACCCCUUGGUGGUCCGCUUCAUCAAGGACCUGACUUACGACCCUCCCUCCCUGUUGGAGCUGGCUGGACGGACCAUCAAGUCCCGCAACCUGCCCUACCACCCCAAUUACCUGCCUGGAAACCUGGUGCACUACCUGGACCUGGCCAGCAAGUGUCCCAACCCUAAAUGUACCGGUAAGUGGAGGAGAGGGGACAAGUUUAGGUUACAUACUUAUGUACUAGUAUUUGUGAGUGGAUCAGAGGAGGCUCGUCCAGGGAGGAAGAGGAGGCUGGUCCUCCUCAAUAAUUUGAGGAAAAAUUCAAAUAAAAGAUAUUCAUAAAUCCUCUUUGUAAAUAAAAUCACACCUUGAGAAAUGUCUAUUGCUCUCAUAUUGUUGUGCUACUUGUCUCCUUCCUCUCAGGUGUGUACUUUGACUCGCGUGUGAGGCACAUCAAGUUUGUGGACUUCUGUGGGAAGUAUCGGCUACCCUUCAUGCACUAGCUGUGCUCCCCAGAAUGCACCUCUCCCUGCAGCUCCAACCUGCAGAGCGACGCUGAGUCGGAGGACGAGAAGGGCGUGUCGGCCGGCAGGCUGCAGAGAGUUCUUCUGGGAUAG